AUGUCUGAACCAGUCAAAUUCUUUUACAAAGGUGAAGAAACCGACUUCGUUAUUUUUGUAACCUCUGAAGAAAAGGUACAGGAUUAUGUGAAAAACCCAAGUCCAGGCCUGUUAACAGAUACAGUUUCAUUAUUCAAAAUCUUUGCUAAUCAAGAUGCUCGUGGUUCUGAAGGUGAACUCGGAGAAGCCUCCAAGUCACAACUUGAAAACGAAUUCGGCCCAAAGAAAUCAGUGGAAGAGUUGUUAGACGUUAUUUUGAAAAAUGGUAAGCCAUUCGGAAAUACAAACAUCAACAGGAAAAGGUGGACCUCUACCAACGAUGCUAAUCAUGGAUCCUACGCCCACUAA